AUGGCGCCCAAAAAGGGUCCCAAAAAAGCGGCAACCAAGAAGCGCGUAAAAGGCGAGAAGAAGCGCAAGAAGAGCAGGAAGGAGAGCUACAGCAUCUACAUCUACAAAGUGCUGAAGCAAGUCCACCCUGACACCGGCAUUUCCUCCUCCGCUAUGAGUGUCAUCAACUCGUUCGUCAACGACAUCUUCGAGCGAAUCGCCUGCGAGGCUUCCCGCCUCAUCCGCUACAGCAAGCGUCAGACUAUCUCCUCCCGGGAGAUACAAACCACAGUCCGCCUGCUGCUGCCCGGCGAGCUGGCCAAACACGCUGUGUCCGAGGGCACCAAGGCGGUCACCAAGUACACCAGGAACAAUAAAGCCAUGAAUGUCAUCAACUCGUUCGUGGGCGAUAUCUUCGAGCGCCUGGCCGCCGAGGCCUCCCGCUUGGUUCACUACACCCGGCGACAGACUCUGUCCUCCCGGGAGAUCCAGAGCGCCGUCCGCCUGCUGCUGCCCGGCGAACUGGCCAAACACGCCGUGUCCGAGGGCACCAAGGCGGUCACCAAAUACACCAGCUCCAAAUAG